AUGUACCCGCCCGAGCGCGCGCCGACCACCGCCCGCCCCGCUCUUUCAUCUAUCCGCAGCACCCCUACGAUGGCCGAACCACACCUCGACACGCCUCACUUGCCGCCGGCCUCCACCGCCGCCGCUGCCGACCCCGACGCAAAGUCGCCGGGCGUGGCGCGCAUCGAGGCCAUCUCGUCCAUGUUCAAGCGGUGGCACUUCUGGGUGCUGUUUGUGGGCAUCUUUCUUGUGUCGUUCUCCUACGGCCUCGACGCAGCAACGCACUACACGUUCCAGAACUACGCCGUCGCGGCCUUCCAGCGGUCUGGCCAGAUCUCCACCAUCGGCGUGGUGCGCGGCAUCGUCGCGGCCGCGUCACAGCCGGCCUUCGCCAAGCUGAGCGACUACUUUGGACGUAUCUCCAUCCUCGUCUUCUCCGUGCUCUUCUGGGGCGUGGGCAACGUCAUCCAGGCGACGGCGCAUAGCGUCGCGCAGUUCUCGGCCGGGGCGGUGCUGUACCAGUUUGCGUUUACAGGCAUCAUCAUCAUCUGCAUGAUCCUCAUCGCCGACACGACGACCCUCCGCACGCGCGUCCUCGCCUCCUGGGUGCCUGCAACACCCUACCUCGUCACCACGUGGGUGGGCGGCAACGUGGCGCAGGCGGCAAUGGACGGGCCCGGCUGGCGGUGGGGUAUCGGGAUCUUCGCGAUCGUCGUGCCCGCCGCCACGAUCCCGCUGUUCGCGAGCCUGACGACGGCGGAAGUACGCGCGAAGCGCGCCGGCCUGCUCGACGGCAUCGUGUCGCCUUACCGCCAGGUGCUGAGCCGCGAGAUGUGGCUCGAUUGCUUCUGGGCGUGCGACAUCCUCGGCCUUGUCCUCCUCGCGCUCGUGCUCGGGCUCAUCUUGGUCCCGUUCACCCUUGCGGGGGGCUCGGCCGAGGUCUGGCGCCGCGCGAGCACCAUCGUGCCCCUCGUCCUCGGCGUCGUGGUUGCACUGCCAGCCUUCAUCGUAUGGGAGGCGCGUGGCGCGCGCCACCCUCUCGUGCCGUUCCGCGUGCUCGCGUCCCGCCAGGUGCUGAGCUGCAUCGUCGUCGCAAUCCUCAUCAACCUCACGUGGUACACCCAAGGCGACUACAUCUACCAGACGCUCCUCGUGUCCUUCGGCAAGGACAUCACGACGGCCACGCGCGUGAUGAGCAUCGACUCGUUCGUGUCCGUCAUCGUCGGGGUCGGGCACGGGCUGGUCGUGCGCCGUGUGCGCAGGCUCAAGUGGUGGGUUGUCGCGGGCGCAGGCUUCAUCGUGCUCGCCUUUGUGCUGCUCGUGCGCUUCCGCGGCGGCUUCGCCAACUCGGACUUUAUCGGCUUCAUCGCCGGCGAGGUGAUGCUGGGCAUUGGCAAGGGCUUCCUGCCGUACUCGACCCAGUGCCUCAUCCAGGCUGCGGUUGGCCACGAGCGCACGGCCGUCAUCACGGGCAUCUACCUCGCCUCCUACAGCAUCGGCACGGCGCUGGGCAACACCAUCGCCGGCGCGAUCUGGAUCAACACCAUGCCUGGCCAUCUGGAGAAGAACCUGCGCAACUAUGGUGUGGGCAACGCGACUGCCAUCGCUGGCGCCGCUUACGCCGACCCGUUCACGUGGAUCGCGAGCAAUCCGGUCGGCACGCCCGCGCGCGAGGCCGUCAACCUCUCUUAUCGCCAGGUACAGAGGUACCUCUGUGCCACGGGCCUCGGGUUCAGUGUGCUUCUGUUGGGCAUUACGCUGCUUCUUGACAAUCCCUUGCUCACCGACUCGCAGUCGCUCGAGGCGGAUGGCGCGGGUGAGAGGAGGGAGGAGAAGGACGAGCGUGGGGGCGAGAAGGCGUAGGCAGGCGUAGUCAUAUGCAUUGUUUGUUUGUGUUGUUCCA